AUGAGCUCCAAGUCCGCAGCGACCGAGGCGCAGAACGGCUGGACCGCCGUCCCCGUCGACCCGGCCAAGAUCCUCCACGGCAAGGAAUAUGUGCACGCACCUGAGCCGCUCGAUAUCAGUGACAUCCCCUGGCCCAAGUCGGACGUCGUCGACAAGAUCCACCAGAUCUGCAAGGACAAGCUGCCUGAGAAGGUGUACAACCACUCUAUGCGCGUCUAUUACUACUCUCUGGUCGGGCUACCCUCUACUCAUGCGCAGACCCGUGCGAUUCGGCUCGCACCGCUCAACACUGCUCGUCUGCACGCGGCGCUCGCAUCACUCAGGCUAACAGCAGGCUACGCCAUCACGACCCAGCAGUUCCGCACCACGAUCUCCCUCGACACGCUUGCCCUCGCGUCGCUGCUCCACGACAUUGGCGCAACACCUGCCAACAUGCACUCGACGCGCAUGUCCUUUGACCUGUACGGCGGCAUCCUGGCGCUGAACAUGAUCAACGAAUCGGGCGGUGACAAGGACCAGGCCGAAGCCGUGUCCGAGACCGUCAUCCGGCACCAGGAUCUCGGCACAGAGGGCAACAUCACGUUGCUGGGGCAGGUGAUCCAGCUCGCCACGCUUUACGACAACAUUGGCGCUCACCCUGGCAUCAUCCACGAGAAGACUAGGGAGAGCGUGAACGACAAGUUCUCCCGCGAGGGGUGGCUCGGCUGCUUUGCGGAGACUGUCGAGGAGGAGAUGCGCAUCAAGCCCUGGUGCCACAGCACUCACGUCAAGGACUUUGCGAAGACUAUCCGCGGGUGCGAGUACUGGAAGCAGUAUGGCUAG